GUUUCUGGGCUGACCGGACGCCGGUGCACGAGGCCGCGCGGCGCGGGGAGGCCCUGCAGCUGCAGCAGCUCAUCGAGAGCGGCGCCUGCGUCAACGCCGUCACCUACGACUCCAUCACGCCGCUGCACGAGGCCAGUCUGCGUGGGCAGACGCGCUGCGUCCAGCUGCUGCUGGCCGCGGGCGCCCAGGUGGAUGCCAGGAAUAUCGACGGGAGCACCCCGCUGUGCGACGCCUGCGCCUCGGGGAGCAUCGAGUGCGUGAAGGUGCUGCUGUCCCACGGCGCCAAGGUGAACCCGCCGCUCUUCACCGCGUCGCCGCUGCACGAGGCCUGCAUGAACGGCAGCCCAGAGUGCGUGCAGCUCCUCAUCGACGUCGGAGCCAACCUGGAGGCCCACGACUGCCACUUCGGGACGCCCCUGCACGUGGCCUGCGCCCGGGAGCACCUGGACUGCGUCAAGGUGCUGCUCAAGGCAGGGGCGAACGUGAACGCUGCUAAACUCCACGAGACGGCCCUGCACCACGCGGCGAAAGUGAAGAACGUCGACCUCGUGGAGAUGCUGAUUGAAUUCGGAGGAAACAUUUACGCCAGGGACAACCGCGGGAAGAAACCGUCCGACUACACCUGGAGCAGCAGCCCCACAGCCAAGUGCUUUGAGUACUAUGAGAAGACGCCGCUGAGUUUGUCGCAGCUCUGCAGGGUGACGGUGCGGAAGGCGGCCGGGCGGCGCGCGCUCGAGAAGAUCGCGCAGCUCAACAUCCCCCAGCGGCUCAUCCAGUACCUGUCCUACAACUGA